CUGCAGCCUUGCCGUCGAUCCGAAAGCCUAACAGCUGCAUAAGAUCGGACGUAAUAUUCAUGUAGACGGCGUUCUCGAACAUGUAUUUCAUGGUAGAUCAAGGCGGAGACGAUAGUCGAAGGUGGUGUAAAGUGCAAAAUGUGGUAGACCUAGCGGACGCGUUUGCGGAAGGUUCGCCUGAAUGUCGGCGUCUGGGCUGGUCCGAUUGCCGAAAGCUCAGCCACCGAGACUACGUCUUCCAUUUUCGUCUACAGCAUGCAUCUUACCAACUGAAGAUGUGGUUGAGGCAUCAGUACAGCUGUGCGAACUCAACUUUUUGGUGGAUCUUGGUAUAGGUGAACGGCAUCAUUGACUGAAAGCUUUCCCCGCUGAAGCCUUUUCCCCACCCACUGCACUAGCGCAUCGCAUGCCUUAAGCAUGGUGAGCAGAGGUGGUCGCUCUAAGGGCUGCUCCAACUGUCGAAAACGGCGAGUGAAGUGCGAUGAGACGCGUCCAACUUGUUUACGCUGCAAGAAACGGGGACUCGAGUGUGACGGCCCAAAAGAUGUGACAUGGAUCUGCCAGAACACUGACUUCCAAAGCGAGUCAUCCCCAGAAAGCGCUGUAGUUCUGGCAACUCCAACUCCACCGCCACAGCUCUCGUUCGAGGCAUUCGGCGAGACAAUAUGUCUGGCCUACACGCGCAAGAACCUGCUAAGAGGAGGACCGGUCGAAUUGGCGUGCAAUAUGAUCGAAGCGAAGGCCGGUACACCAAGCGUGGACAAUCCGGGCAUCGACCUUCUUCGACAGUCCAUGCUUAGUCUUUCGGUGACUUUCUUUGGCAAACAACACCGUCAAAAACAGAUCGUUCGUCGAGGAUAUGCCCAAUAUGGCGAAGUUUUACGGACGCUCAACAUGCACUUGACUCGUCCCGAACUGCAGACCACCGACGAGACUAUACUCACAGCACUGACCUGCAUGCUUCUUGAGAUCUUCCUACCUACCGGUCCAAAGAACUUCUUCAAGCAUCAUCGAGGACUAGAAGCUAUCAUGGCGAUGCGCGGUCCACCGACCGACGCAACUGGAGAUACUGCCACUAUAUUUCGAGGAUUGCGGAUCUUGUCAAUCAUAGGCGCACUCGCAGAAUCAAGGCCAUCCAUAUAUGCAAGAGACGAGUGGAAAUAUGCCCCUCCACCAGCCGAUGCAACUGAGCCAAUGCUGCUGCAACAUCACAUCUUUACCUGUUUGGCCGACUGUACACAGCUCAUGGGUGAGCGCAACACCAUACUCGACGGCACCGCUCCGCUAUGGAACUACGAACCGCUCUUGCAGCGUGUGCAGAAUACACUAGAUGAUCUCAACAAGCUCUAUCCACUAUGGCAGCGCUUCAACGCCUCGCAGCUAGACCCCACAAAACCUCUCUCUCCACUAGCCGAGGAGUUGGGCGUCUCAAAUCACCACUCAGCCACCGCACUGAUGCUCUACCAUACCGUACACAUCUGCAGCCUCCAGAUCAUCGACUCACUCGCCCCGUCACCCGAGAACACAGCUCUCCGCAACCAAGCCGCCAUGAUAAUCGCCAAAUGCCUUGAACUAAAAGAGUACGAGAAGCGCGAAGGCGCACACGAGUCCAACACCAUCGGCUUCGUCGCGACGAAAGUCGCAUGGCAAGCGUUAGGCGGCUUCGACUCCCCCGAGGGUCGGAGACUAGCGAAGACAGUGCAUACAGCGCUCAAUGCAGUCUCGCCAAUGCCGCUGGAUGACAAGGAGGCCUGGGAGCAAGCACGACCUGAUGAGAUAAGAGAUGCCUUCUUUGCGGGUUUUGUGAAGAGGGUUCCGAUUGGGACGCCAGCUAAUGAGGCGAGGGUUGUGGGGUUGUUGCAGUUCCCGGAGGGGAUUGACAUCGGGUACAAGAACUCUGCGCAGGCGCGGUCUGUAUCUCAAUGAUGGUGGAAUACCACGGAUGGCUAUCAAUCAGCUUGCCUACGUCAAUGUGCGGAUUGAACAUCACUGACGUAGAACAAGCACCGAAGAUAUCGGCCCAAGCGCAGCAGCAACCUACCGUCACCGAAUACCUUGUCAGCAGCAUAGCGACCAACAAUUUCAUAUCCGAACUUUGACACCAAGUGUUUUCCGGAUCUGUGGGGUAGGAGGAUAAGCAGCGGAGAAGUGGGGCUCGC